GUUAUUUAUACAAAGCAUCUAUGUACAAAUUGAUUCAAACACACAAGAAAACUCAAGAAAUUAAUGGAUAUCUUGAUUUCCAAUUGGUCAAAUGUUGAAUUUGUGCCUAAAACAUAUAUUUUCCCACCAGAAAGUAGACCAGGAAAGCUUGAAUUUCCUGUUUGCACUGAUAUACCACUCAUAGAUUUGGCUCAUAAUAAUCCAGAUGAAACAAUUCAACAAGUUAUUAGAGCAUGCCAAGAAUUUGGAUUCUUUCAGGUGAUAAACCAUGGAGUAAGUGAAAAUCUAAUGGAUGAUACAAUGAAUAUAUACAAGGAGUUCUUCAAAUUGCCUGGUGAAUACAAGGCAAAAUUUUACUCAAAUGACAUAAACAAGAGCUGCAAAAUAUUUUCAAGUACUUUAUCAUAUGAUACUGAUGAAGUUCACUAUUGGAGAGAUACAUUUACUCAUCGUUGCCAUUCUUUAGAGGAACAUAUCCCUUCUUGGCCUGAUAAGCCCACCAAUUAUAGAGAAGUGGUUAGUGAGUAUUCAAUAGAAACAAGGAAGCUAUUUAACAAGAUUUUGGAUAUGAUAUGCAAAGGAUUAGGACUAGAGAAAGGUUAUUUUGAAGGUGAAUUAAGUAAAACUCAUUUGAUAUCUGUUAAUCAUCAUAUUCCAUGUCCAAGUCCAAGUUUAACACUAGGAAUGCCAGUACAUUCUGAUCCAAAUCUCAUAACAAUGCUUCAACAAGGUGAAGUUCCUGGACUUCAAAUACUUAAGGAUGGACAAUGGAUUGGUGUUAAACAUAUUCCUCAUACUCUAAUUGUUAUCCCUGGUCUACAAUUGAAGGUAAUAAGCAAUGAUAGGUUCAGGACUCCGGUUCAUCGGGUGGUUACACACCCAAAAGAGGUUCGAACCACAAUUGGUGUAUUUCUCGGUCCGUCGCCCGAGUUUUUAGUAAAACCGGCUACUGCUUUGAUUCACACUGCACCAAUGUUUAGAGCCUUUGCUUAUCCAGAAUUCCUUGAAGUAUUUGUUGGUCUGGCUAAAUUUGAUGCUCAACUUGCCCUCAACCAUUUUAGGAGCAAAUCUUAGCUUUUAAUUAUUUGAAGAAAAAAAAAAAGAUUGUUGUAAAAUAUAAUAUGGUGUGUGGUACUAUAUAUGGUCAUAUAAUUGGAGAAAUUUGUCAAAAGAAUAUGAUGAUGUAUGGUUUGUUUUUGUAUCUAAGAGAAGAGCUCCCCUUUAUGUUGUAUCUAGUCUUGGCUCAUGUAAUAAUUUGUGAUAUACUAUAUAA